AUGCUCUUGUUCGAAGGGCUUAAUGGUCCUACUCUGAAGGAACAUGAAAAAAUAUUGUUUUAUCAUCCCAUUUCUCAAAAUAUUGACACACAAGUUCGAAACAUAGGACUUGCAGAAGCCAUCACCCGCUUUUCAAGUAAUUUCAAGAAAGAUGGAGACUGUGACUGUGUUCACACACAGAAGACAAGGCAAGUGUUUUACCAGCCAGAACCUGAAGUGUGGAUGGUUAUGACAGUAGGCGUUGGAUGGGUCACUAAGAAGAGAGACACAGGCCCAGUCAGGGAAUACCAGAGUGAAGGAGUACAGGAUGUGGUGCUUCGAGAGAGAUUAGUGAGUCUGUACCGAUCAUUCACUCUCCAACAUGCUUCUUUCAACAGUGUAGUUGCAACCUCAGGACUCGAGUAUCUCAAGUCUACGUUAAGCACUUUUAUAAAUACGUAUAUAUCAUCCAUAGAUGUGAGUGGAGGAGACAUAUUAACUGUGUGGUCUGGUGUCUCAUUCCUUCCAUUAGAUAGACAGACAUUCCUAAGAAUCCAUUGCUGCUUGUCGCUGCUUCAGGCUUCCUUCCCUGACAUCAGUCAUACAGCUUUCUUCUAUAAUCAUCAAGUUGUAUGGUGUGGUCUCUGUAUGGAAGAUUUGCGAUCUCUGUCACAGUACCUGAAUAAUCACUUGUUACCUGGCCGUGUAGAUAUCACCUCAUCGCAGACUUCGUCAUCAACCACCAGCUAUCUCUCCAGGUUUGUUGGCAUCGGUGUGACUCCCUUCAUCAGAAUACACAUUAGCAAUGGAGAUGGAUUGCUACAGCCUCAUCACCUUCUAGUCUAUACUUUAGCAGGAGCUACUGUUUGUUUAACGCUUCCAGAUUCUACAAAAUUAACUCCCUCUUUAUAUGAAAAAAUUGAUCGAGUUUUAGAAGCCAAAGUAUCCCAGUUAGCUAGUGAUAUCGGAGAACAAAUUAAUAAAAAGUCUGCUGGGACCAGUUCUGAUGGUGGUGGGACUGGUACCUUCCGUUAUGUCUAUCAUAACCAUAUGAAUUUAGCUACAAAAUCCACAACACAUGGAAGUGGGCAGUCGCUGCCUGCAGAAGUUAUGAAAACAAUAGUAGAUAUGCAUAUAGAUAUGAAGAAGUGCCGAAGUGGGGAACUGGUCGUUAAAACGUCACAAGAUCACUGGGUUGUGGGGCGCAGCGGUGAUGGAAGAGAGUUUUAUGUAAUAGUGAGCCAUAAGAAUGCCAAUCUUGUAGAAGUUACUGAUGAAGUGAAUCGUAUGUGUGCCUCACACUUCAGUAAUAUCUUCAUGGUAGAUUGAUCCUGGUUGUAAUUCAUCAUGCCAACAGGUAUGAUUCUACAGUAAUGACACUGGAAAUGUGCUAUAUCUAUGAUUACACAAAAAUGUAAAUUGCAGCAGAUUAAAUGGCUGGCCUUUGCGUUGCAGAUAUACUGUGUCAAUUUCAGUUCUUGACAUCUCGGUCAACUUCCACAAGGUAGCCAAAGUUCAUAACUACAGUGAACCUCAGUGAAAGGUGGAUGAUUAUUUAUAUCAGUAAAAUUUGUGUACAACUAGUCUGCUAAUCAUCAUCAAAUGAUUAUGUAUUGGAGUGAAUAAGAGAUUUUCAUAUUGGCUCAUUUUUCCCUGUGCAUGAUAAGGUUUUAUUUUUCUUUCACAGCAUCCUACAUUUUAAUGUCACUUUGACUACCCAUACUUGCCCUGCUCAAGUCAUGUAUGUACUCAGUAGUGCACAGUUAUUCAAAUAGAUGCUGGUUUAGGUUUGAUCGUUCAGUCUCCAUCCUAGUCUUGUAUAUUUUUACAGGUAUGUUAUACAUUACUGUGACCAAGAUUAAAAAAGAAACAAAUGAAUUGCAAUAAUAAAUUUUAUAUUGUUUCAGCCAGAUUUUUGUUGAUUACCAUAACCAAAGGAAAGAUUUAAAUAAUUUUCAAGAUUUAUUUUGAUCACAUUGGUAAUGCAUUUAUUUAGUGUAUUGUAUACAUUUACUUGAUUGGAAGUAUAAUUCAGUAUAAAAAUAAUAUUUGGUCUUUCUUGAUAAUUUAAAAUUUUGUCUACUUCUCAUUACGGCGUAUGAUUACUUUGGGUUACUAAUAAAAAUAUGUAUGUAGUUGCUACUUAUCCUUUGUUGAUAGUGCAGCACUACAUCAUAUAAUGAUUUUCAGUCAUUUUAAGUCUUUAUUAUCACUGCUGGGAGGUCAGUACCAUCCCAAACGAGAAAAAGUUACCAUCAUGCUUGAUAUAUACUUUGUACAUCAAUUACAGUAAAUGUGAGCCAGGUAUACUAUACAAUGCCAUGUCCGUUUGACGUGUGAUUUCUUUUUUGAUAGUCGUUACUAUUUAACACAGCCUUAUGUUUGGAAAGAUUCAUGGCUCGAUUUUAUUUGUUUUGCACACUGCUUGCUUUUUGCAGCUGUCAGAAAACAGAACAUCCCUUUCUGAAAGUGAUUGAAAUCCCUUUUCAUUUUCUGGAAAAGAAAAUGAUAACAAAAAUCAUUUACACAAAUAUCUUUAAUUAGCUUUGGUUAAGGAAAAUGCUAUAUUCAUAAUUGGCUUUGGUUAAGUAAAAUACUAGGGUUGAAAUGUUUAGUUUUAAACAGAUUUGGAGGAAGAAAAUUUGGUGAAAUCAUGUUAGAAAAUAAAAAAUACGAAAGGAAGGCAGUACGUACGUGAACACGCAGAGUUCAUAAUUCUGUGCAUGCAGUGAUUGACUUGAAAAAACUGUUGUCAGGUGAAAUUAAUGGGGUGGAAACAACCUUCUAUUUUCAUGAUAACAUUUUCCAGCUGUAGUAUUUUUCUGAUUUCAUCAUUUGAGAGAAAGACUGUUUUAACAUUGAUUUACAGAAUGGAGAUAUCUUCCCAAGGCAUCAGCAAAGCCUCAGUAUUAAUAGGUGCAGUCAGUACACAUGUAGUUUGGUAAUGCUCUACUAAGAGAGGUAGUCAAGGAUUUCAUGAUGAAUCAUCAGCUACAUUAAUCCAUCCAGAAAUUUGUAUACUGCAGCCCCACAAAUAUUUGAUUUGCAAUUUUAGAUGUGCAGUAGAUUUCAAAGUAAAAGUGAAUACCUGUGUUGUUUCCUUGAAACUUUGUUACCUUUUUUGUAAGAUGUGAAAAAAACCAUAGCCAUAUUUUUUUUAUAUUUAACUUAGUGUUUUAUGCGCAGUAUAAUGAUCUUGUAAUGUAAGAAUUCUUACUGUGGAAGAGUUGUGCUGUGCUUUGUCCAUUUAUGUAACUAGCAUUAGUUUACUACGAAAACAGUAUUCUGGUAUGAGAACAGCAAAGGUCAUCAGUUUUGUAAGUAACAAGGAUUGAGAUCCUUUCUUCUCUAUCUGUAGUACUAUUAGAGAUCUUGUGCUCAUGAAAAUUGCUUCAAACCUCAUGUUAUGGAAUUUCUUAUGUGCAUAGCCCAUUAAUGUCAAAUAGCUUAUUUGGAGACCCUUUAACGAGUCAGAAAUGAAGCCUCCUAAAAUAGAUUUUUAUAAAUAUUCUAUACAGGUAGCCCCCGGUUAACGGGCCAACAAACCACUUACUGAUGCUGAUAAAGUGCUUACUAACACCGAUAAACUGCUUACCAGCACUGGAAACCACUUACCGGCACCAAAAAUCUGGUUAACAAUGUCGUUAGCCAAGCACCUUAACACUGAAACGCUGUUAACUGCCGACGGUAAUUGGAGACUGCCUGUAUAUAUGCUCUUUGUAUAAUUUUAAUAAAUAAUGUACAGUUCUUUAGCAGUUGUAAGUGAUCUGUGGUCCUUCACUUUCCCUCAGAUUUUGGUAGCACAGUCAUUUAUGAUUUAAAUUGGGUGCAUCGUCUCUUUAUGGUAAGUACCCCAGUUUAGCAAGGAAGUAGAUUUAUGUACAGCAGUGAAAUGAAAAUGCUUUGUCAGUGUGGAUAGAGACAGAUGUCAAAGCUGUGUAGAUUUGGAGGUAUUGAGGAGAAUAAUUUAAUCUGAAUCUAUAACAUGAGACCAGGAAGAUUAUAAUCUUCAUAAGCAGAUAUUUGAGGCAUAAACCCCACUACAGAAGGAUAUCUAAGCAUGUUUAUUGCCCUUUGCAGGUCACUGUAGAACACAUGCUGUGGGUAGGAAUGCAUAUAGAGUUGAGGGCUUAAUGCAUUUUACAAUGGUCAUUGGUUUCAAUGCACCUUUUGAUUUUUUGUCCUUUUUUUUUUAAAUAUAGUCACUUAUUUUGCCUUGGAAGCUGCAGUUUACCUUUAGCUUAAAGCUGGGCAUGCUCCUCCAUAUGCUGACUGUUGAAAGAUAGUUGAUAUAUAGGAGUACUUUCUUUUGGCUUAAUUCUAUAUUUACAUUCAUUCAUUCAUGUUUCUAGGACUAUAUCACCUAUGAAUUGUCUCUGAUUUUUGGUAAAAGAAUAUGCUGGAGGAAUUAUCAGAUUUAUUUACCUACUAGUUCUGAAACUACUACUAGUAUUAUUAUUAUUAUUAUUAUUAUUAUUAUUAUUAUUAUUAUUAUUAUUAUUAUUAUUAUUAUAUGUUUUUGCUUAGAGCGAAACAAUUUCAUUGUGAUGUAUUUUAGAAGAAAAUGACUUUAAAAAUGUACAAAAUAGAGCUUUCAAGAACUAGUCAGUUUUCAAAACAUCUCUUGUACAUUUUCAAAUAAUAAUCUUUCAAAUGCAUCGCUAGAUUGGUUAUUAAUUUUAGUGACUUUUAAAUAAUAAUCUUUCAAAUGCAUCUCUCGAUUUAUUCCCAACUUGAGUGACUCACAUGUUAUUGAGGGUUAAAUUUUAUAGUUGAUAGUUGUCGUUAGUGUUUUCAAGCACUUCAGACAAAGUGAUUUAUUCGGACUACGUAAUUGAACCUUAUUUACUUUGCCCUCAAAUGCUUUCCACCUGAAGCUGUUCAUAUGCAUUCAAGCAAUUAGUAUUUUUAUAUGUACAUACUACCAGGACAUCAUUAACAGUCUUUAAUGGAUAUACAGAGAGAAACCAAUUUCAAAAUUAAUAUUCAUAGUCAUACUCUGUGUAUAAUUAUGGUUACACGAAUAUGGGAUGUCAAGUUUGUAAACACACUAAUUUAUAAUUAUGAUGAGAUAAAGAGGGCAUAUCUUAUGCAUGUACACUUCGGAAACAGCUGUGAGGGAAGAGUCAUUAAGCUUUUGAUGAAUACAUAAAAAAUAAUCGUCUCAGAGUUAAAACAAAGUUAGUGGAAAAGAGUUACAGGAAUGAAGCAGACUGAAGAAAAUAAAAGAAUAACUAAAGGAGAAGUUAGUUCUAUGUCUCUUUUAUACCUUAUUUUGUGAAGGGAAAACUAAAAAUGAUGAACAAUGCAGAAAUGUAUGUGGGAUAGGGUAGGAUGCCAUCUUUAUAAUGUGUUUGUUUCAAGCAUUUCUCAUAGCUUGCUAUUGUGUAAAGGUAGUGUAAAUCUGUUAAAAUCCAGUACUUUUUGAAGAACCAAAACAUGAGUUUUUAGUAAUGAUGAUACAAAAAUAAAUGCCAGGCUGUUUGUUGUUUUGUACCGAAAGAAGUCUAGUAAAAGUGGAUUAUCUCCAACUCUUUAAAUGUAGUUUCUCUUCUCUAAUAAUUACUGGCACAUCAUGUAGCAUCAUUGUUAAAGUAUUGAUGUUACAAUUCAAUGUCAAAUCAAAACCAGAUCUUUGUGGAACAUUCCGAAGUAAAAAGAUGGGUGCUGCUUAUUAUUAUUUUGGUUGUUUAUGUGGUGUAGUGUAUCAUCUUAUGUUAUAUUGCAAAUGUCAUGAUAUUUGUGGGAUUGCUGUGUAGUGCUGUAAUGUAGUGAAAAGUACUGUAUAGAAACAUUUGUCAUUUUUUUAAAUUCAAAGUUUUUACAGUGUAUGAGGAUAUUUUUGGAAGUUUCUACUAGAAUGACUCAUUGAAUUAGUCAAUAAAAUAUCCUGGUCAAAGUAGUUCUGCAGCUAUGCACUUGAGAAGACCCCUAAUGUUGGUCAGGGUGUACAUAUAAUAUAUACUACAGUAUUUGUAUUACCAAUACAGAUAGACUAUUUAUAUUCUUCCUGAUUGCAGGAUUAGUAGACAUGCAAGUUUGUUUGAUUAUAUUUUUUAGUGUUAUGUUUGAAUAUGCUGUGAUUUUACCAUUUUAAUGUAUAGAAACUUAAACUAUUAAAAUAAUUUAAAUUAAA